AUGUACUGCAAUCGUUCAUUCAAAAAUUGGUCAGUGGACAGUAGCUUAACAAAAAUUCCGCAUUAUCCUCCGGAGCGCCCGGUCCUUCGUAGAACGGGUUCGCGCUCUCCACUACUACCCCGUGACUCCCUGUCAAGUAUAGAUAUCACUCUAUUGGUUCGCCCUGCCGAGUCUGUUGUCAUAGCAGCUGACCUCAAAUGCCGCCAUCAUAAUUACGGUAUUAGUCUGCAC